UUCUGGUGAGACCGGAACGCAGAAGUCUAGGUCUGACGCGCAGUCUAUCUUCAGCCCUUGCUGUCUAAAAUCGCUUCAUUGUGGAGAGGGCUUCGAAACAUCUUUGGGACACUACCACCAUGGACGCAUUUCAAGUAUUAUCGUUAUAUUUGUUACUCAUCUUCAUUUGGAAUAUACCAUGUUUUCAGUCAGCUGCCAUCAUAUCUCCCUCUGUGCCAAGGAGAAACAAGGGAGCCAAGAUCCUUCAUGAUGGACAAAGGUCAACCAAAUUUCUCAAAGAGAUCUUCGCAUCUUCUCCUAUCUUAAGCCAUCACCAAGAAGACUUUAAUAAGGACGCAAUUGUGCCCCACGAUUACAUGCUCUCCAUAUACAGGACGUAUUCGGCUGCAGAGAGACUCGGACUAAACGCAAGUUUUUUCCGCUCCUCAAAGUCUGCAAACACCAUAACAAGUUUUGUGGACAGAGGAACAGACGAUCUCUUGCACUCUCCUUUGCGAAGACAAAAGUAUCUGUUUGAUGUCUCAACCCUUUCAGACAAAGAGGAGUUGGUUGGAGCUGAAUUAAGGAUAUUUAGAAAAGUGCCCGGGGAUUUGCAAACGUCCCCGACAGGUCUCUAUGACAUUCAAUUACUCUCCUGUCGAUCAGAACGGCUACUGGAUUCCAGAUCCCUUGAUCCUCUGGAUUCCCGAAAACCAGGAUGGGAGGUUUUGGACGUGUGGGAAAUGUUUAAAAACCGGCAUCACUCUGAUCAGGGGAGCCAGAUUUGUCUCCAGCUCAAGGGCACUCUUGGUAAAUCAGAAAUGGAAAUCGAUUUAAAACAGAUGGGAUUUGACAGAACCGGCCGAACCCAGCAAGAGAAGGCCAUCUUGGUGGUUUACACCAGGUCCAAGAAAAGGGAGAACCUGUUCAACGAAAUGAAAGAGAAGAUCAAGUCGCGUGGAUCGGGGAGCAGGUCGGAGGAGGAGAGGGGCCUGCAGUUCAAAGCCAGGCGCCGACGGAGGACUGCAUUGAACAAUCGGCAUGGGAAAAGACAUGGCAAAAAGUCCAAAUCUAGAUGCAGCAAAAAGGCUCUGCACGUUAAUUUUAAAGAGCUAGGGUGGGAUGACUGGAUCAUUGCGCCAUUGGAUUAUGAGGCGUACCACUGCGAGGGUGUGUGCGACUUCCCUUUGAGAUCGCAUUUAGAGCCAACAAACCAUGCCAUCAUUCAAACUCUUAUGAAUUCAAUGGACCCCAAUAGCACACCUCCUAGUUGUUGUGUUCCCACCAAACUAAGUCCCAUCAGCAUUCUUUACAUAGACUCGGGUAAUAACGUUGUGUACAAACAGUACGAGGACAUGGUGGUAGAGCAGUGUGGCUGCAGGUAGCGUUCUAUUCUACUGCGACACUUUAAAGUAUUUAAACCCCGUAAAAUCAAAGAUAUGUCAGUCGGUCCAGGUCAGAAUAUGAAAGCUGUGGUAUAUCUGAAGCAUAUAGACCCAUGCCUUGGUGCGCCUAAACUUCACUCAAAAGGGAUCCGCGAGAGAAAUUAUUUGUAGUGUGGGCCUAUGCAAGCAUAUUUAUUUUGGUCAAAUUUAAACUCAGUACAAUCUCACAUAGCCUUAGCUGUCCAAUUGUUGUGUUAAACUAAUACAUACUCCUAGCCUACUUUUCCAUCCGUCUGAUAUGUUUUUCAGUGGCAUAGUCUAUUGUUUUGCCAGGCCCCGACAUGGAUAGACAGGUCGUCAUAAACCAUUAGUCCGCAGGAGAGGAGUGGGUAUCAACAUGCUAGUGAUAGGCUAUUAUUUGUUAAUGCCUGAGCAGGCUUGGAAUUGUUGGUCUUCCAUCAGUGGACUGCGUCCGAAAUGGGCACAGUGGAAUGCACCUGUUCAAACUAGGCCGCAGUCACGGGAUAGCCCUUGUGCAUUGUUGCAGCUCCCUUCAACAGUCUUGCAAAGAGGACUCAUUUGUAGCGGGUGUUUCCAGGCUCACUGCCAGUGUCCAGCAGAAACUAUCGAGCUCUUCUGAUGCGUUAUCAAUCGGCCCU